GGACGCAAGGAGCCAGAGGAGCCGCCUGCCCACAUCUACCUCAACAUCCAGGAGCUGCAGGAAGAAGCCGCAGCCACCAGCUCAGUGCCAGAGGAGCCUGGCGGCUCCAUGUCAGACUGGGAAACCCACACGGAUACGGACAGUGGACAUUUGUUUUAUUAUAACCCGGUGACGGGCGAGACCACGUGGGAUUGUCCCUUUGGGCAGGCAGAAGAUGGAGUGAGUCCCGUCGCCUCUCCCGCCUCCUCAAUCGCCCACAGCCCGGAGUUUCCCGAGUGGGAACAGUACGUGGAUGAAGGCAGCGGACAGGCUUUUUUCUAUAAUUCGGUAACAGGUGAGACGUCGUGGGACCCCCCAAACGCGGGAGACAGAGGCAGCUCCCAGGAUAUGUACCCUGGGGUGACGCGGUACGGUCCCAUGGAGCAGAGGCCACCCACUCCAGAAACGGACUAUCCUGACCUGUCUCCAGAUGAACUGGAGGGUUAUCCUGAGGAGGACUACUCACCCGUGGGCUCCUACGAUCAGGGGGCUGCUCUCUCUCUGUCCCCGAGGCGCCCUGAGGAGCUGGGCUCAUCCCCGGGCUGGUACGGGCACAGCCACCCCGAGGGAGCCGUGUUCUGCCCCGAGCAUUUCGCCUCCGACACGGCGCUGACGGGCAGCCGCCACCACCGGGCCAGCAGCAGCCCCCGCCAGGGCAGCGGGCGCUUUGCCUGGCCCAGCACCGUGCCGUCGCCGCUGGGGCUCAAGGAGGAGAAGUUUAAAAGCCUCGAAAAAGCCGGGGUGCUCAACCGGACCAGGACGGUGGACAGAGGGAAGCGGCUCCGGAAGAACUGGAGCUCCUCCUGGACGGUGCUGGAGGGUGGGAUCCUCACCUUCUUCAAGGACUCCAAGCACUCGGCUGCCGGUGCCUUG